AUGCCUCACUUGUUCUCUGCGGCCACGCUGCGAAUAUCGGGCACAGGUGCUCGAACAGGCCAUCUGCCCCAGCAGUACAUGGCGAAAAUUCCACGAGCUAUCGUACAGGACCCAGGAUCGUUCUCGAAAACUAUGAUUGAUAUCGACCAGCUGUACAGCUUGAAAGUUUUGGAACUCCGUAAUGUAGCGAUCUGGUGUACAUACCAUGAUGAAGCAUUUCUGGAGAGUCCCGCUCCCGACGAGUCCAUGGUAGGGCUUGCAUUGUUCAAUCUGACCCGCAUCAGUGGCCAGCUUAUGGGACUAUGCUCUGAAAAGGGAAAGGUCUUCCAAAUACUUCUGUACUGCGAGUAUGUGGUUUCAUCUUCGGCCGGCUGGACCGUUCUCGCCAUCAUUGAUUUCAAUAAGGGAACCGUGCUGCACAAGACGAAGGGUCCAGCUAUCCAAGAUCGAAAUCCAUGGGCAGGCUUGUACUGA